AUGAAGAGAGAGAUAAGCAAAAUCAUGGCGGGGGGUGGAGCUCCAGCACCCAAAGCAGACGAACCUCAACCUCAUCCUCCUAAAGAUCAGCUUCCCAACAUUUCUUACUGCAUCACCAGUCCUCCUCCAUGGCCUGAAGCUAUUCUUCUCGGGUUUCAGCAUUACCUUGUGAUGCUUGGCACGACUGUCCUCAUACCUACUGCUCUUGUUCCCCAGAUGGGAGGUGGAUAUGAAGAGAAGGCAAAGGUGAUCCAGACUAUUCUCUUUGUCGCCGGAAUCAACACAUUGCUGCAGACACUUUUCGGGACUAGACUGCCUGCUGUAAUUGGAGCAUCCUACACAUUUGUGCCAACAACAAUAUCCAUAAUCCUCUCUGGAAGAUUCAGCGAUACCUCAAACCCUAUUGAUCGCUUUGAAAGGAUAAUGAGGGCAACCCAAGGCGCCUUGAUUGUUGCUUCUACCCUACAGAUGAUUCUUGGCUUCAGUGGCCUCUGGCGCAACGUUGUGAGGUUCUUAAGUCCUAUUUCUGCUUACCUGCCUCAUGUGAUCAAAUCAGGGAAAAACGUGUUCGACCGAUUUGCUGUGAUAUUUGCGGUGGUGAUUGUGUGGAUCUAUGCUCAUCUUCUUACAGUUGGUGGGGCUUACAAUGGUGCUGCACCAACCACACAAACAAGUUGCCGUACUGAUCGUGCUGGCAUCAUAGGUGCUGCGCCAUGGAUAAGAGUUCCAUGGCCUUUUCAGUGGGGUCCCCCUUCGUUUGAUGCUGGAGAAGCUUUUGCAAUGAUGAUGGCUUCUUUUGUUGCUCUAGUUGAGUCAACCGGUGGUUUCAUCGCUGUCUCAAGAUACGCAAGUGCAACAAUGUUGCCACCUUCUAUUCUCAGCCGCGGUGUUGGCUGGCAGGGAGUCGCGAUUCUGGUAUCGGGGCUGUUUGGUACUGGUGCUGGUUCCUCUGUCUCUAUAGAAAAUGCUGGUCUAUUAGCCUUGACAAGAGUUGGUAGUCGAAGGGUUGUUCAGAUAGCUGCAGGCUUCAUGAUCUUCUUCUCCAUUCUAGGAAAAUUUGGAGCUGUGUUUGCGUCAAUCCCUGCGCCCAUAAUUGCUGCUUUAUACUGCCUCUUCUUCGCCUACGUAGGAGCUGGAGGCUUGAGUUUUCUUCAGUUCUGCAACUUAAACAGCUUCAGGACUAAGUUCAUCUUAGGCUUCUCUGUCUUUCUGGGCUUGUCGAUCCCUCAAUACUUCAAUGAGUACACCGCAAUCAAAGGCUAUGGCCCGGUCCACACAGGUGGUCGUUGGUUCAACGAUAUGGUGAAUGUUCCGUUCUCCUCAGAACCCUUUGUUGCUGGCGCCGUGGCCUUCUUCUUGGACAACACUCUGCACAAGAAAGACUCUUCGAUAAGGAAAGAUCGAGGAAAGCAUUGGUGGGACAAGUUCAGAUCUUUCAAAGGUGACACAAGAAGUGAAGAAUUCUACUCUCUUCCUUUCAACCUCAACAAGUAUUUCCCUUCGGUCUAA